AUGGAUGCAGCACAAGCAGUUAUUUUUAAAGCCCUUGAAGGCCAGAAAGGGACAAAAACUGCGAUAGAUAGAGGAGACUCAAAAAUCCAGCAGUUCUACAAGGACAGAACUGUGUUCCUAACAGGAGCCUCGGGUUUCCUUGGUAAGCAGCUUGUGGAGAAAUUGUUCAGGACGUGUAAGCUGAAAACUGUAUACGUACUAAUGAGACCUAAGAAGGGAAAAUCAGUUGAAGAAAGAAUUCAUGAAAUCUUACAGGACCCUAUUUACGACAUUCUUCGAGAAGAGAAACCGGAUUUUGUACAAAGAAUAAUUCCCAUAAUAGGAGAAUUGGCCGAAAAGAAUCUUGGCAUCAGUGAGACUGACAGAAGAAUUAUAAUUAAAGAGGUAGACAUAAUAUUCCACGUGGCCGCUACCAUAUCAUUCCAAGAACCGCUCCGAUCAGCCACUCUUAUCAACGUUAGAGGUACCAAGGAAAUUAUAACUUUGGCCAAACAUUGCGAACGAUUGAGAUCAUUCGUCUACAUGUCGACAGCGUAUUCUCACGCUACCUUCAGCAGAGGAGGCACAGAGAUCAUGGAGGAGUUCUACACCAGUCCAAUGCCACCAGAACUGAUGAUUGACCUGGCUGAAUCUUUGGAGGAGGACCGGCUCAAUCGGAUUAAGGAUGAGCUCAUCAGAGACUGGCCGAAUACCUAUUCGUUCACGAAGGCGCUGGCAGAAGAAUUACUAAGGAUGAACUCCAAAGACUUACCGGUUUCUGUGAUCAGACCAGCUGUCGUGGUAUGUGCGAGAAGAGAACCCUAUGCAGGAUGGAUUGAUCUCAGCAGUGUUUUUGGACCAAGUGGGAUCACCCUCGGCUGUAUGAUGGGUGUAAUCCACUCCCUCCAAUCAGUCCAGGACAUCAGAAUCGACUUCGUACCAGUAGACUAUGUGAACAACACAGCUAUCAUCGCUGCAGCAUCAUCCAACAACGUCACCAAGAUAUACCACGUCGCUACUAGCAAGAGGAAUCAUUUGACUUGGGGUGGCCUCACCAAUAUCCUGAACAACGUCGCAAGGAGGACCAUAGUAUCUCCCCACGCUAUUUGGUACUGCUUCGUAGUCCAGUCUCCAUACUUAAGGCUGCAUCAGCUGGUCAGCUUCCUCCUUCACACCAUUCCUGCUAACCUGGUUGAUGGUCUCUGCGUGCUGAUGAAGAAACCGCCCAGAUUGAAGAAGAUAUAUUCAACUGUAACCAAAAUGGCGUCAACCAUAGCCUUCUAUUCCAACCACGGAUGGAUUUUUAACGACAGGAACACCCUACAACUAUUUCAGGAUUUAUCUAAUUCCGACAAAAUUAUUUAUCACUGCGACGUCUCGGAUUUAGAGUGGACAGAUCUUAUUGUUCUGUGCCCACAAAAGGUCGGCAACGCACUUGUAGUAACUCCUUUGUUACUACAAGUGUCGAUGGGCGGCGCUGAUUGCUUACCGCCAGGUAACCCUUCAGCUCGUUUGCCGACCUAUCACAUAAAUACCUAUGCCUAUGCUACAUAUAGGUCGGAUAACGAGCAGACGGAUUACCUGAUGCUUGCUACACGCAGUAAUUACAGCUGUGUGCUGUCUGACACACACUCAGACACCGAGAAAGAAGAUUCAUUAUGGUCGGCAAACAAGCAGACGGAUUACCUGAUGGCCGAGGUCGCGGUGCCUCACUGCUCCUACCCCGCAACCCUGGUUGAACAUCAGCCCUGUAGGGCCCCGUCUGUAGUGGUCUAUUUGCUCUUUGAGGCGCGCGCGGAACGCUACGCGCCGUACGCUCGGGUCUGGUUCUGGUCGGGCGGCGAGCUACCCUUACUCGCCGUCCGAAGACCCGCGCUCUAG